CCUUCGGCAUCGCUGACGCGCGCUGCGCUCCCCCCGCCCCUAACCACGCCAUCACGCCCUGCAUGCAGGUGUCGGUGGAGGUGGGUCAGAACAACAAGCAGCUGCAGUGGCCGCGCGGCGUACACGCCGGCGUGCAGUCGCUGGGGCAGCGCAUGCUGGCGACGCGGCCGGAGCAACGGCCCACCGCGGCGCAGGUGGCGGCGGAGGUGGCGGUGCUGCUGCAGCAGGUGCCGCAGUACGCGUAGGCAGAGUGGGCAGAGUGGGCAGGUGGGCCAGCAGGCGCCAACAAGGAACGCGGAGGCCGCAGCGCGCCCGGGCGCGGGCGCGAGCGGCGGAAGGUGCAGGCGGGGGCGGGGAUGCAGGAGUUGAGGUCGGGACAGGAGCGGCAGGAUUCAAGCUGCGCGGAGGGCAGCCGGCCGAACACGAGGGAGGCAGCUGCGGGAGACGUGGGGCAGGCGCACACGGGCAGGACAUGUCGGGGAGUUGCGCGCAUCUCUGCGUCGCUGACGUCGAAAUUGGGAAUUGCUGCAGGGCAGUGGCUUUGCUGGUUGUUGCUGGCGUGCAGUGGGCGGUUGGGUGCACUGCAUAGAGGAGUUGGAAGUGUUGGGCGUACAGGGUACCGGUAGCAGGUGUGAAGGGCCCGCACAUCUGGGUAUGCACACAUUGGGGUCCAUGGGUGCAGCUUGGUGCAGGCGGGCGCAUUAGGGUAAGUACGGCUGUGUCGGGGAUGGCGGUUGUGCACACAUGGCCUAAUGCACUACGGCGCGGCGUGUGAGCGCGUGCGGCCUCGCAGGGCAGUGCGAUUGGCGCCGCCGGCGCCGGGAGGUCCGGCUUUCCUUCCUAGAUGCAUCUAUUUCAUGCAUGGAAAGCACGCACGGUACUUUUCGUCCAAAGUAAUAAUGCAACAAUUGUAUUUGCGCGAGCUGACGGCGCUUGCUCGCGCUUGUUUCAUUUGGUUGUUGCGGGUGCAGGGAGAAUGCCGUGGUUGAGGUCCACGUAGAUUGGGAAUUGGGAAUGAUGACAUGAGGUGCACGAUCCAUGAAGCAGUAGCAGGUUUGCUGGACACGGCGGAUGGAAUGCUUCCAUGGCAAGGCAAGGCGAGGCGCUUAACCCGUGUUGAACCCUAAGUUGGACUGGCAGGAAUUCAUGGAAUUGACUGGGCCGGUGGGCGUGGGGCCUGGGGCACCAAGCCCCCAGAGCGAGGUCCUCAGCAUAGGUUGCAAGCCUGCAAGGGGUGCGCUCAAGAGGGGCCGGCUCUUGGGGGGUGACGCUGCAAUGGUGCGCAUAGGCGCCGGUAUGAGCGCAUGGCGCGCCAGAUUGGGUUCCCGGGCUUUCAUGUGCAUGUGUAUGCGCGUGCGCUUUUCCCGUUAUGUGCGUUGACGUGCCUGCAGUGUGCCAGGUAGCGUUGAGGAGCUACCGGAUGUUGAAGGCCCCGCUGUAGUUUCAAGUACACAAAGUAUUGAUUGUAGGGAAGGUCGGCGCGGCGCGUGCUUGCGCCUGCGCGGAGAUUCUUCACGAAUAUCACGAUAUGUUGACGGGCAUGCUAUGCUGCAAGUAGUGGCCUUACUGUAUGCAUGGCUGUGCCGGGUCAUCCAAGUGGCGCGCGUCCAACUUCAGAGGAGGGCGUGCGAUGGGGGCUUCAUUGGCUGAUUUGGGUUUACGUGGAGAGGGGCAACCCGGAGAUUGUGCCUGGACGGUCGGCAGGCAGCCAUAUUGUGGGCGGUAGCAAGCGGUUUGGCCGGGCGCGCACGUAUGCCAUGACGCAUGAGCGCCUGGAAAGUGGGCUUUACGGGUGCCGAUACUGCAGCUAGGCUUGCCGGUGUUGUGGUCAUGGCCUGCAGUUGGCCAGCCAACCGCCAGCCAAGCACGGGGCAUCACAGGCGUCGCGUCACGUGGCCCAGCCGGUUGCAGCGGGCUAGCUGCAGGCUAGCUCGCUGGCUGGCUGCCCAGCCCUGCCCUGGGUACGAAGCUGUAACGUCACCGCAGUGCGAAUGCAGGGCCACUGGGCCAGAUCACCAGGCGGGAGGGGAGCGGCAAUAGAGCGACGCAAGCAGACAGGAUGGCAUCAUGGCAAUCCGCAAGGGGUGGGGCUGCGCGGACAUGGCGGACCACGCGGGCUGUUGUGCUGUCUGCGGGUCUGAUGUCUGCGGGUGUGCUGUCUGCGGGUCUGCGUGCUGUCUGGGGCCUGCAUGCUGUCCGCGGCACUCCCUGCCUCGGUUUAGUUGGGAUUGGAGUACUACCGCCCCUAGCGCCCUACAUGCAACGUGCUAUACCAUCUGAGUAAGGGACACGGGCAGACACGUAGUAAGGGACACGGGCAGACACGGACAUUCUCACGUGUGCCCCGCCCAAUGGCAAGCUACGGCCUUCCCCUGCUGGUAACAUAAGACAUGCUUUGCUGACAUGGGUCUCACAGCUGGUGCUGCCAUUUCCGGGAGACCCCCAAACUUUGCAAACCGCGAAUGCCACAUCGUGCAGCCUACUGGUCCCGAGAGUGAACCCGGGUUGCCCCCACACUUUGCUUGGCUGACCUCCUGAGUCCCGCGGAGCCACCCCUUGGCUGCAUACACGGCUGCAUAUGCUGCAUGACACCACUGUACCUCCCCGUUUCAUUGCUAUGCAUAUCUGACAGCUGCGAACAACCUCCUACGGUAUGGGCUGGAGGGAGCUUUGUUUGGGCUGUGCGAAGCUGGCAGCCCAGGGCUGCGAGGAGUGGGCUGCGAGGAGUGACCUGACACUGCUGAAGCAUGGUGCAGCGCUAAACGGCAGUGGCGCCAGAACCGGCUGUAUGGGCUGCUGGCCCAACUGAUCUGUACGUGUUGACGUGAUCCCGCCCCCUAAUGCUGCUGCGGGCGGCAGGCGUGGUGUCCUCCGACCGGGUCGCGGGGCGGGCACCCGCACCAUCA